CAUGCUCACUUGUCCGCAGAAGGAACAAAGCGCACCGGAAUAAAUGCGUUUAUAUUCUCCUUUGCUAAUUGAUAAAAUUAACGCGUCUUGUAUCCGAUCGCCGCUGCUAACCGUGAUGGAGUGAAGCAUCGGUGCGAACGAACGAACGUCGGUGAAUGAAGCCAAACCCAGACCUUCGCUGCCUCCUCUCACAGCAGCGGCGGCGGCGUCGCUAGCGACUCGUUGCCAUGGCAGCGAACAUGUAUCGCGUCGGGGACUACGUUUUCUUUGAGACGUCGUCGACAUCGCCGUACCUGAUCAGACGCAUCGAGGAACUGAAUAAGACGCCGAGCGGGAACGUAGAGGCAAAGGUGAUGUGUUUCUAUCGGCGGCGUGACAUCUCGCCAGCUCUGCUCAUGCUCGCGGAUAAACACCAGAUGGCGCUGGAAGACGAGCAGGACGACAAGCUGACGGAGAAGAAUCGUCAUCAGCUGAGGCAUCGCGAACUGUUCCUCUCCAGACAGGUGGAGACACUUCCCGCGACGCACAUCCGCGGCAAGUGUUCGGUGGCGCUGCUGAACGAGACGGAGCUUCUGCAGAGCUACCUCGACAAGGACGACAACUUCUUCUACUCCCUGGUCUACGAUCCUUCACAGAAGACGCUGCUAGCCGACAAAGGAGAGAUCCGCGUCGGCAGCAAGUUCCAGGCGGAGAUCCAGGCAAUACGACCUGUCGAAGGCAAUCUCUGCGCUGGUGCCCCCUAGCGGCCCGGUCCUGUGUCGGGACGAGAUGGAGGAGUGGUCGGCGGCCGAGGCAAACCUAUUCGAAGAAGCCAUCGAGAAAUACGGCAAGGACUUUAGCGACAUCCGCCAGGACUUCCUGCCCUGGAAAUCCCUGAAGAACAUCAUAGAGUACUACUACAUGUGGAAGACGACAGAUCGCUACGUUCAACAGAAACGCGUCAAGGCCGUCGAGGCGGAGAACAAGCUGAAACAAGUGUACAUCCCUAACUACAACAAGCCGAACCCGGCGGCCAUCAGCGCGGUGAGUCGUCGCCGUGGCAACGACAGCGGCCGUUGUUUUCGUGACAGAGUUUUCAGUGUUGCUUUUUGCUUGAACACCAAAUUAUAUUGA